ACAUUUAACCAUUUAACGAUGCGCCACGUUGUGCGCGAAGCUUUAGUGCAAGAUCGUGCGCGCUUUUAGCAUUUUACCCGAUACACGCGCUGACGCGAUAAUUAUUGAGGGUUAUGCGCUAAAUUUCUCCCGGUGUUACGUGUUAUCACCAGCAAACAAAUGAGUACUGCUGAAAACGAGGCGAUGGAGGAGUACGAGCCCUCCAUCAGGAACGUGAUCGAGCAACGUUCCUUACGAUGGAUAUUCGUGGGUGGCAAAGGCGGAGUCGGGAAGACAACCUGCAGUUGUUCCCUGGCAGUACAGCUGUCCAAAGUUAGGGAGAGUGUACUUAUUAUAUCCACAGACCCAGCGCACAAUAUCUCUGAUGCAUUUGAUCAGAAAUUUAGCAAAGUACCCACUAAGGUUAAGGGUUUUGACAAUUUAUUUGCAAUGGAAAUUGAUCCUAACGUUGGCAUUACAGAAUUACCAGAGGAAUACUUUGACAGUGAAGCAGUUUCAGGAGGGGAAGCAAUGAGAUUAAGCAAAAAUGUUAUGCAAGAAAUUGUUGGUGCAUUUCCUGGUAUAGAUGAGGCAAUGAGCUAUGCAGAAGUUAUGAAGCUUGUAAAAGGUAUGAAUUUUUCUGUUGUGGUAUUUGAUACCGCACCUACUGGGCACACAUUGAGGCUUCUAUCAUUUCCACAAGUGGUUGAAAAAGGAUUGGGAAAAUUGAUGCGUUUAAAAAUGAAGAUUAGUCCUUUUAUCACACAAAUAAGUUCAUUGUUGGGAUUAACGGAUUUCAACGUGGAUACAUUCUCUAAUAAAAUGGAGGAAAUGCUUGCUGUCAUUCGGCAAGUUAAUGAACAAUUCAGAAAUCCCGAUCAGACGACAUUUAUAUGCGUCUGCAUAGCCGAAUUUUUGUCGCUUUAUGAAACAGAACGACUUGUACAAGAAUUAACAAAAUAUGGUAUUGAUACCCAUAAUAUUAUUGUGAACCAACUGUUAUUUUUGAAAGAGGGAGAUACUCCUUGUCGGUUAUGUCUUGCAAGGCAUAAAAUUCAAAAUAAAUAUCUAGAUCAGAUACUGGAUCUUUAUGAAGAGUUUCACAUCACACAGCUUCCGUUACUAGAAAGAGAAGUGCGUGGAGUUCUACAGGUCAGAGAAUUUUCGGAAAAUCUCGUUAAACCGUAUAAACCUUAGCAUCUAUGUAAUAAAUAUUUAAUAACAAUAUAACACUUUACACUUAAGUCAAGGUUUUAUACAUUUGCAACCUCGUGCGUUGAAAUUUGUAUAAAAAAAAGAGGUACACCUUUAAUAUACUGCUCGAUUAAAGUAUUUGUUAUUGCACGUGUUAAUAAAUUCAAUGUUACAAUUUGCAUGCAUUAUAUACCCAGACAGCACAUGACAUCCAAUGGACAUUGGAUUUGGUUUCGACCUGAUCCAUACGUCCAUGGACUUAGUACGAAUGGUUUAAAAACGUACGUUAUUCAAUACACACAAAGUAUAUUUAUAUUUGGAUAUUUUAAAAAUAUUCUUAUGCAAAAAUGGCUUUUAGAUACUUUUAAGCUUAAAACUAUGAUGUGAUAGAACAAUUUCAUUUACGGAAUCGUUUUAAAUGAUCAAAAUCUAUAAGAAUUAUUUUUUUUAGAUUGUGGUCUAAAAUUCGUGUCACACAGUAACAUCAUUAGGCUAGCUACUUGGUUUAUUUGACUUUAUUUAAUGCAUUAAUUUAAUCUAGUUUUAGUUCAUUGCGUUCUAAAAUAAACGUUUUUAAAAAGUUUAAAACAAUAACAUUGGAUGUUUUUAAAAUGUGUUUAAAAUUUCCAUGGGUCUAAUCUGUACGUUUUUAACAUGUCCAAAAUAUAUAAAAUGUACAUUUUAAAUAUGUUUUUUAAAACGUAUUUACUGUACUGUCUGGGUAUUUACAAUUUAUUUGUAUUUAAUUUGUAUAAUACAAACAGCUUAAAUAUAUAGCGUUAAGAAUACAA